CAGGUGAUUUGGUAUUGAGCUCCAGGGUAACAGAUAUGUGGAGUCAGGAAAGCGCUGUGUUAAGAGGCAGUUUUGCUUAAUUACCCGCUUUCAACUCCACUGCAGCACAGAGCCACUUGCAGAGAGGAAGAGAGAGACAGAGCUGUAGACUGGUUUUCUCUCAGCUGACACUCGCUGUGCUAUCCGAUGCGUGUUUUUGUGUUUCUUACUAAAGCUGUCUUUUGCAAUGCUGUGUGCUCAGCCAUGUAUAGACUACAGAGCUUGCCCAAACUCAGAACUCUGCUUGGCUUCAAACAGGGAGGUAAUCAAAGUUUAUAAUGAAGAUAACACCAGCAGAGCAGUAGAGGUUCCCAGUGACAUCACUGCCCAGGAUGUAUGCCAGCUGUUUGUUUUGAAGAACCGUUGCAUUGAUGACCACAGCUGGACUCUUUUCGAACACCUCUCCCAUCUGGGAAUAGAAAGAACAAUUGAAGACCAUGAGUCUGUUAUGGAAGUGCUGUCAGGCUGGGGGGUGGACACCGACAGCCGGCUGUAUUUUAGAAAGAAUUAUGCUAAAUAUGAAUUCUUCAGGAAACCCCUGGACUUUUUCCCGGAUCACAUGGUCUCUAUAUGCAGUGAAACCAACGGGAUGGUGGAUCACUCUCAGCUUAUACAGACAUUUCUUAACUCCAGCACGUGUCCAGAGAUCCACGGACACCUCCAUGCCAAAGAGCAAAGCAGAAAGUCUUGGAAGAAGUUUUAUUUUGUGUUGCGAAGGUCUGGGCUUUACUUCUCCAACAAGGGAACUUCCAAGGAACCAAGGCAUCUCCAGUUCAUUGCCGACUUUAGUGACAGCGAUGUCUACACCGUCUUGUCAGCCAAAAAACUACAUGGGGCACCUACAGAUUAUGGCUUCUGUGUCAAGUCAUCAAAAUGUGGUUCAGCUCGGGACCUGAAGCUGCUUUGUGCGGAUGAUGAACAGACCAGGACCUGCUGGAUCACAGCCAUGCGCUUGUUAAAGUAUGGGAUGCAACUGUACCAAAACUUCAUUCAGCCAUACCAAAAACAAAAAGCCUCACCAAUGAGAAGCAUCUCUGAGAACUCAUUGGUGGCCAUGGACUUUUCUGGCCAGAAGAGCCGGGUGAUUGAGAACCCAUCUGAGGUGCUGUCUGUGGCUGUAGCGGAAGGUCUGGCAUGGAGGAGGAAAAGCUGCCACCGUCUGAGUGGUCAUGGGAGCCCCUCCACAUCCCAGAGCGCAGUGUCAAACCUAGCUCUUCACUUGACUCAACCGUGGUUCCACAGCAAACUGUCUCGGGAUGAGGCGCAGCGUCUAAUCACUCAACACGGUCUUAUUGAUGGAGUAUUUCUGCUGAGGGACAGCCAGAGCAAUCCUAAGACAUUUGUACUGUCACUGUGUCACAUGCAGAAAAUCAGACACUUUCAGAUCUUACCUGUGGAUGAUGAAGGGCAGUCAUUCUACAGUUUGGAUGAUGAUCACACACGGUUCACUGACUUGAUCCAGUUGGUGGAGUUUUACCAGCUAAAUCGUGGGGUGCUGCCCUGCAAGCUCAAGCACCACUGUGCCCAGAUCACCCUGUGAGCACGGGGCCCCAGAGCCCACAUGCACCUUAACUCCAGGGCCUUUCUGGACAAAACACUCCCAGUGUUCACGUGCCUUGAAAAUAUGCACUAACUGAACAACCAUGCAGACUGAAACCACUGUUAUCAUCCACUAGAGCCCACAUUCAUACUGUGGUACCUAGUCUGUCCUUGUUUUUCUUUUUCAGAAAAAGCUGAAUUUUACAUUAGACUGUAAAAUACUGACUACAGGUGCUGAAGGUGAAUUUUGCCUGGUGAACAUUAUUCAUCAACCCUGUAAUGUGCACAUACUGUAUGUGGCCCAAGAUCCGAUGGGAAAAGUUCAGUCUAACCUAACAGUAUACAACAUCUACUGCUGUAUAUCGCAAAACUUAACGCAUACUAUGAACAGCAUUUGAUUCUACGACCAUAGUGAUACCAGUAGAAGAGAGAAGCUUUUUUUUUUUGGUAAGUGACAUACAGCAGCUAAAAUUCAGGUUUUCACUGAAAAAAGAUUCAGUAGGAUGUCUACAGUAUGUACUGUAUACGAUAUAUACAGUACCUGUCAGUUAUGGUCUGGCAAAGGCACAUUUGUAUGUUUGCAACCACAUCAUUCUAGGGAUUGUUGUACACAACACCUCUGUCCUGUUAAAUUUGAGUAUAAAUAAGCUAUCAUACUUUUCAUUGUUAGUGUGCCUCUAAGUAUUCAGGUUUUUAUUUUAGAGACAAUUAUUGUUGUUUUCUAUUAUGUAAAAUGGCCUCUCAGGAAGUGUUACUGUGUGUACCCUGUAAGCUGGACUGAGACUGAGGUAGAGAGAAUAAUAUGGGAUAAUAUACAGGUGGAGAGGUGGCACACAACCUUGCUAGCCUACACUGUGCAUUCAUUUUAAAUAUAUGUGAUUAAACACAAAAAUAGCUGUGAGCUUUCAUGAGAGCAAGGACAGGGAAAUAUAUAUAAAACAUUAAGAUGGAAAUCAAAAAUACUGUAUGAUAUUAUACUGAUUUUGAUCAUAUUUGAAUUCAUUGUAUAUUGAAAUUUAGUUUUAUAUUUUACCAAGAUUCAGGUACAGCUAGCAAAACCUGGGUUGCUUGUAUUUUGAUGUUAUUACCACUGCUAUGGGUGUAAAGUGUUGAACAUUUUGGUUCUCAAAAGACAAUAAUGCUUUUUAAAAAGCUUGCCAAAAGUCACUAAAUCACCUGUAUGACUGAAAUGACCAUCUUGUGUGUCUUAUUUCACUUAUUUUUCAGCUGGACAACACACACACACACACACACACAUAUAUCAUUAUCAUCAUUUUGUUUGGUCACAAUAAUCCUGUAGUGAAAAUCUGAUCUUGUGAUAGCUCUAAUAAAUAUACACAAAAAUCUAUAAUGUAUGACUUACUGUAUUGUCACUUUUAGGGGUUUCUGCCUCCUAUAGACUGGCAAAAUUGUAGAUUUUUCAUUAGACAGUCAUUGUCACAUUUAAACCCACAUUACUGAAGGUUUCAAACAUAUUAUAUUGUCAGCACUGCUAUUCAGUAGUUCACUGUGCAGCACCAUAAACUCCUAACUUCAAAGCCUAAAUAAGCUUUGCUAAGGCAAUAGAUCAUCAGGCUAAUAAACUCUGCCUUUAUUUAAAAUCUAUCAGUAUAUAUUAUGGUCUUUAUUCCUCAUUAAAUAGGACAAACAUGGUAGCCAUAUAAAUAUAAUGACAGACGUGAUAUAUAAUUCUAAAUGAAAUGACUACCUGAGCCAUCUCAUCAGCACACAGUGGGGUGCUUCUCUGCUCAGAAUGACGUUCAAAGCAAUUAAUUCAUGAUUUUUUUAAUGGGAUCCAGCAAACAGUUAAAUUUAGUCCCACUAUAUAGCCUGUGUGUGGAGCACAUUAGCCUAACAUUGUCAAGUAUGAUUUACUGGAUUCUGUGAGCGGUAUACUGGUAAUGUGUCCUCCAUAGCACCAUCACAUAAAUAAUGUUUAUGACCACUAGAUGGUACUAGAAGCAUUUUGCUUUUGGUUGUCCAGGUUUAUAUUUGAAAUCAUAAUGUGUCUAGUGCAAUUUAAAUUACAUAAUGCAUAUAAAAUCUGUCAAAGAUGGAUGUUGCGCUAAGGUUAAGUUACUUUAAAGUUGGGCAGCUAAGUCAUUAUUGGUAUUGAGCAUAUUACGUGCAUAUACAAAGAAUGAUCUGAGAAUGCACCAAGAAACAUGAAUUCAUAAAUGGGAAUAAGAAAGUGUAUUUAACAGUGAUACUAUCAACAGUCCCUAUGUAACUGUUGUUACUCUGAUGAGGAGUAAAUUAAUAUGGCAAGUGCAAGUAAUGAAUUUGAUGUAAUCAUAUUUUCAUUUACAUUAGAUUUUUGGUGCUGUGUAGUAUUUAAGAAAAAAAAUGUCUAUUUGACAUGAAUAAUAUGAUUGUGGGUCUGUGUGCAGCUGUAAAUGGCAGAAUGUCUUGUCUUGGGGCAUCUGUGUUAAAAAAUCUUCUCAGUUGUGUUUCAGACACAAAGCCCCUAUACCUCCCCUGCUGUACUUCAGAAACACAUUUUGAAACAGCGUUCACAUCCAUGGGAGAUGUGCGCACACAGAGAAGUCUUAAAUGGACCCCUGCUUCCGAGAUCUUGUGCUAAAUGUUGUUUUGGAUGUAUUCCUGCCAUUGAUCGGAGUCUGGCUGCGGGGGGAGAGAUGGCAGCUGGGAGAGACUGCGCUUUCUUUAAUGAAUUCAUCCAGUCCAAACGGCCUGUGGAUACAGUGGUUCUCACAGUAAAGAAAGCCUCUCUCUGCUCUGUCUUGGCCCUCAUGAACAACCACCACUGUUUGAAACACUUCACACCAUUACAUUGGACUUACUCCUGCCCGCACUCUUACUCUAAUAACUUCAGGUUUUGUAUUCGAGAGCUGUCAACUUCACUCUCUUGCUCUUGUCUUAAAUGCCCCACUUGUAGUAUUUCCCUACUCUGUUUUCAAUUAUCUGGCUUCAGUUUACCGGCAGGUUUACGGAUUUUACAGCACCUAUGUUAAAUUAGGUAAAGUCUGGACUGUGGUUUACUUUGGGUAACAUUAGACAGCUCUAGUGUUGUUUGUUGCUUUUUAAUUUGUUUUUAUAAUAAUGAGCAGUCACUUUUUAUUGACACUGGUGAGAGAGGUUACAGCCAGGAGAGGUAAUGCACAUGGUUGGUUUUUGUCCUAUAUUUCGUUAUGUACCUAUAGUAUAAAGCAAAAAUUAACAAGUACUGCAGUAUGUUUCCCUCCCUUAAAAAAGUGAUGCAAUCCAGUGAAUAGUACAGCCUCAUUUAAAACUAAUUGGAAAUCCAAAUGUGUUUUAGUUUGAUAACUGCAGACCCAGGCUUUGUGCUGAUUGUAUGUAUUUUGCAAAUCUGUAUUAUAUACUGUAUCUAAUCUAAUUGUAUCUAAUGUUAAAUGAUUGGUGACAGUUUUGGAGCUGAAAAGGUUCAAAAAUUACUAUUAUUAUUAUUAUUUCUAAAUUUGUACUUUCUAUUAAACAU